UGCCGAAUGGCAUUUUCCGCAACUACUUCUCUAGACUCGUAAUAAGUCGUAAGUCAGAACUCAACUGCAUUGCCUGGUUAUGGGUUUUGCACCUCUAAAACAUUAGUUAGUACUGUAUUUAAUUAUAAUUCAUGAAAUGGUGAAGGGUCAGAAAUCGUUUUAUGUCUUAAUUCAGAGUUUAUCAAAUCUAAAUUCCUGCAUAUGAUUCACAGCUAAUCAUAACCCUCAACUUCUAUUUUUAUAUUGGUGAAAUCCAAAAUUAUCUGGUUUGAAAACUACAAAGAAUUCAGCUUCAGACAAAAAAGAUAUGAGCAUGUUGAAUGAGCCAUUGAUUUUCCAAGAAAAUCAGACCCCUACUCCAUUUCCAACAGCUCUUCUCAAUUAUCUAUAUGUUGGCCAUUUCCUAUCUAGAUGGAGUGCCAGGAUGUGGGAAUUCUCUGUUGGUUUGUACAUGAUCAACGUCUGGCCAGAUUCUUUGCUCCUAACGGCUGCUUAUGGUGUGGUGGAGUCUGCUUCUACGGCAUUGUUUGGUCCCGUCAUUGGACAGUGGGUGGAUAGGUUGACAUAUGUUAAGGUUCUCCAACUUUGGUUGUUAAGCCAAAAUCUCUCAUUUAUUGUUGCUGGAGGUGCCGUAAUCGCUCUUUUAAUCCGUGCAGACUUGAUAUCUGCCAAUUUUAUGGCAUUUAUCUCACUUGUCAGUUUAAUUAAUAUCUCUGGAGCUAUUGGUGUACUUUCUACUCUUGCCGGAACCAUCUUGAUCGAAAGAGAAUGGGUAGUCGUAAUAUCAGAAGGCCACCCUCCUGGGCAGCUAACGAAGAUGAAUUCAGUCAUAAGACGAAUAGAUUUGAUUUGCAAGCUAUUCGCCCCGGUCAUUACUGGUUUUAUUAUCAGUUUUGUUUCUCUAACUGCAUCAGCCAUGACUCUAGCACUUUGGAACGUUAUAUCGGUGUGCUUAGAAUACUGGCUUCUUACAUCUGUAUACAAUGGUAUUCCAGCUCUAAGUGAGAGCAGCCUGAGGAGGGCAUCAAGAUCUACGCCAACACAUUUGGAUUUAAGCCCCUCUAUUUCUCAUGAACAGAAAAACUUGCUUCAUUCAGAUGGAGUUGGCUUGGAACAAUCUGAAAAUUGUUGGAGGAAAAUAGUCGGGUCAAUCUCAAGAUUACCUUGCGUUAGCGCAUGGAAAGUGUACUUGCAGCAAGAUGUAGUCCUCCUAGGGCUGGCCCUUGCCUUACUCUUUUUCACCGUACUCAGCUUCGGAACAUUAAUGACUGCUAUGCUGGAAUGGGAGGGAAUUCCUGCAUAUGUCAUUGGAAUUGCACGUGGAGUAAGCGCAACAAUAGGGAUAGCUGCAACAUUCCUCUACCCCAUCUUAGAAUCACAUAUUUCAACACUUCGAAGCGGUCUUUGGUCAAUAUGGUCCCAGUGGACUUGCCUGUUGGUAUGUGCAGCCUCGAUAUGGGUCCAUAAGAAAUUUCUAUCGGUAUUUAUGCUUAUGGCUGGCGUGGCUGCAUCGCGCUUGGGUUUGUGGAUGUUUGACUUAUCGGUCAUUCAGCAAAUGCAGGAUCAUGUAGGUGAAAGUGAUCGCUGUGUGGUAGGCGGAGUUCAAAACUCACUACAGUCUGUUCUGGAAUUGAUGACUUAUCUGUCGGGCAUAAUUAUAUCCAAUCCCCAGGAUUUUUGGAAGUUAAUCAUGUUAUCUUUCCUCUUGGUGACGCUGGCUGCAACUUUGUACAGUAUACAUGUAUAUCGGGUUAGGAAGCACCUCUUUCACUUUGACAAGUUCUAUUUUCUCGUCCGUUGUUUAGUAAGAUCAUCUUAGACUCUGCACUGAUAAAUAUGGUAAACAUAUUGUAUUACUACUUUCUAUUUAGCAGUAGCAUUUAGGCAGCUUGUGGUCAAACAAUUACGCCAAGAGACGUGCUCCUCCCCUGUUCAAGUUUUUUUUACAUGCAAUUUUCUGAAUUACUUUUUGGUAGAAAGCUCCAUUGUUUUCAGCAA